AUGGAGUCUAUUUCUAAUGGCUUGUUGGCCGAGCAAGACCGCCAGUUGGAGCUACACGCAAAGAUACAGCUGCACAGUCAAAAAGUAGCGCACCGGAUUCAGAAAAACCGGCCGGCAGCAACCACCAGGCAGUACGAUUCCAGGCAGAAAGAAUUCAUUGAUUUCUGCACAAAAGAAGGCUUUCCUGACGGCCAGGUGGUUACCGAAAAGAAGCUGGUCUAUUUUCUGGAUCACUAUGUCAUUAACCGUCCGAUUCGGCCAUCGCGAUACUUGAGAAAUCGUACGGAUAGCCAGGGCGCAGCCGUUGUACAAACUCUCGGACUACCGUCUGUAAAGGCUUACACUAGUGCCAUUGUUGAUCUUUGGAGAUUCCAGCAAUCUCUUGGUACGAAUCCCUACCCUAAUCCAAGGGGCCAUCUAUUACUCCUAAUCCUAUACAAGACCACCUCCGGGCAUUCAUCUACCCAACGAGCCACUGUGCGAGAGCUUUGGGAGGAGUGGCAUGUUGGUAUUCAUGGCAAUCCAUCUAUCCAGUCUCUCGAGGACUCGUACGGAUGUCGCUGGAGAUCAGAUAAUAAGGAACGCGUCUUCUUUAGCCGUAGGAAGGUUAUCAUUGACUGGAUACAGGCUCGAGUCUCUAAAGGCAUCCUUUUAGCCGACGCAAUCGAUGAGAUUGAACUCAUGCGAAGAAACUCGCAGAGGACGCUGUAUCAACUGCAGGCUUUACUUAAGAAAGGUGUAUAA